AUGGCUGCGCCCCGUAGGGAAGACGGCCGAAUUAUAAUUCACUUCGAUUACGACUGCUUCUAUGCCUCUGUAUUCGAGGCGGAGCAGCCAGUGCUUAAGUCUCUGCCUCUGGCAGUGCAGCAGAAACAGAUCGUGGUGACUUGUAACUACGAGGCGCGACGCCGGGGAUUGCGCAAGCUGCAGUUGAUCAAGGAAGCGAAGCAGGUCUGUCCCGAGGUGGUCAUUGUUCUCGGUGAAGAUCUCACCCGAUUCCGCAAUGCAUCUAAGGAGCUUUAUCUUUACCUUCGAGGUUUUGUCUGGGGAGAGAAGGUCGAGAAACUGGGCUUUGAUGAGGUGUUCUUUGAUGUAUCCGAUAUGAUCACAUAUAAUGUCGAGAUGCUCAACCGUAAUGAUCUUGAGCACUCCUUCUUUCAUCUUGACCGCCGGGACCCCACCGUUGGCUUCAUGUACGAUGCGACUGCGUUCAAAGGCCACACCUAUCCGGCGGUUCCCAACCCUGCAGCAAAUUCGCAGGCUGAGUGGCUUCGUACCCGAUUGCUAGUUGCAUCCCAUCUAGCAAAUUACCUUCGGAACCAACUGGAGUACCAGAAAGGUUACACAGCCACAGUGGGCAUUUCCACCUCAAAGCUCCUUGCGAAGCUAGUGGGCAAUACGCAUAAGCCCAACAGUCAGACCACCCUUCUCCCGCCUUACACUGCGGCGGAGCAUACGGCUGAGAGCAAUGUGAUUGAAUUCCUCGACACAUAUGAGAUCAGAAAGAUCCCCGGCAUCGGCUCGAAAAUUGCUCACAAACUGAUGUCUUACCUCAUUGCGGCAGAAUCCAAGUUGAAACUACAUCAUGCGAGCGCUCCUGGAACUCGCACUGAAGAUCGCAAGGUCACGGUCAAGAGCGUUCGUCUGUUCCCUGGGAUGGGACCGCUGUUGCUAGACCGAAUAUUAGGCGGACCAGGCGCUCCGAAGGGAAUUGGUGCACGCAUAUGGGGGCUUAUCCACGGGGUGGAUAACACCGAGGUCCUACAAGCGCGCGAUCUGCCGACGCAAAUCAGCAUCGAAGACUCGUACGGCCGACUAGACAACUUUGAGGAAGUCAGGAGGGCGCUGGUUACCCUGACCGCCAGUUUGAUCCGUCGAAUGCGCGUUGAUCUGACCGAAGCGGACGUUGAUACCAGCACUGCCACCGGCGAAGCCCCGGCGGUCAAUAGCCCUAAUAUACGGCCCAAGCUUCGCUGGCUGGCUCACCCUAAGACUCUCCGUCUAUCAACGUGUCCUCGUCCAGCUCCUAAUUCUGAGAAAGGGCAGGAUCACAGCUUCAGUCGGAUCUCCCGUUCCGCACCUCUUCCAUCGUACAUCUUUAACCUUGACGAAAAUGUAGAUGCGCUGGCUGAGCGGCUUGUGCAGGAGUCAGCCAUGUCUAUGUUCCGUAAGCUUCAUCCUGAAAAGUCCGGUUGGAACCUGCGAGUCUUGAACGUUGCCGUCACCAAUCUGGUCGAGACUGCAGGAGAUCAAAGGAAUAGCAGCGGACGUGAUAUUGGGAAGAUGUUUCGACUGCAAGAGGCAACGCAGCAAGAUGAGUUUACGUCGCAGCUGGAAGGCGCUGCCUCAAGUGGCAAGCUUCAGGAAGACGCCGAGACUCCCCAUCAAGACAGAGCCGGAGCUGGCUGGGAGAGUGAUGAGGAUGAGGAUAUGCCAGCCAUAGCCUGCACAAUCUGUGGAGCGUGGAUUCCUCAAUUCGCCAUGCUCGCCCAUGGACAAUACCACAACGCUCCCGAUGAUUGA